UUUCUACCUACCUAUUUAAAAGUGGGCACGACUUCCAGAAACAUGGCAGCACUUCGAGUGAUACAGAAGCUGGCGCGGACGGUACCGGCGCGAUGUGUGUCGGCGGGGCGGAUGUCGAGCCAGACGUCUACGGUGUCCGCCGGCCAUCCCGUGUCGGAGGUGGUCAUGCCGCUCACCGUGCUGUCAGAGGACGAACAGAUGAUGAGAGAUUCAGUUGCUAAGUUUGCGAAGGAGAAGAUCGGCCCUCUUGUUCGAGAGAUGGAUCGAAACUCCAAGAUGGACGACUCAGUGUUGCAGGGCCUGUUUGAAAAUGGGUUGAUGGGAGUUGAGGUGGAGGCUGAAUAUGGGGGUACAGACUCGACAUUCUUCUCCUCGUGCCUGGUGGUGGAGGAGCUGGCCAGGGUGGACCCAGCAGUGGCUGUGCUGGUGGACAUACAGAACACCCUCAUAGUAACCUCGCUACGGCUUCACGGCAAUGAGGAACAGAAACAGAAGUACCUGCCACGACUGGCAACCGACACGGUUGGGAGUUUUUGUUUGUCAGAAGCGGAGUCCGGAAGCGAUGCCUUUGCCCUGAAGACUCGAGCAGACAAGAAGGGCGACUACUGGGUGAUCAACGGGUCCAAGAUGUGGAUCAGUAACUCAGAACAGGCCGGGCUGUUCCUUGUCUUUGCCAACGCCGACUCCUCACAGGGCUACAAGGGCAUCUCCACCUUUCUGGUGGACAGGGACACUCCAGGACUGACCAUCGACAAGCAUGAGGACAAGCUGGGCAUCAGGGCUUCAUCCACAUGUCCUGUUCACUUUGAAGAUGUCAAGAUCCCAGAAAGCCAUCUCCUGGGGACCGUGGGCCAUGGUUAUAAGUAUGCCAUCGGGCUUCUGAAUGAAGGAAGGAUAGGAAUAGCUGCUCAGAUGCUUGGCCUGGCACAGGGAUGUUUUGACCAUGCUGUUCCCUACACCAUGGAGAGGAAGCAGUUUGGACAAAGCAUAUUUGACUUCCAGUCCAUGCAGCAUCAGAUCUCGGAGAUAGCCACAGAGAUUGAGGCGGCCAGACUGCUGGUGUACAACGCUGCCAGGCUGAGGGAGGCCGGCCAGCCUUUCAUCAAACAAGCUGCCAUGGCAAAGUUCUACGCUGCUGAGGUUGCUGCUAAGACCACUGCCAAGAGUAUAGAGUGGCUGGGAGGUGUGGGUUUCACUAAGGACUACCCUGUGGAGAAGUUCUACAGGGACUGUAAGAUAGGUGCAAUCUAUGAGGGUACAAACAACAUUCAACUGUCCACCAUUGCGAGGUACCUGAAACAAGAAUGGCAACAGUAGACUCUU